AUGCGGCGCCAGCGUGACCGUAUGAGGGUCACUCGCUUUCUCUCCGGUGCAUCAUCGAACUUUGGUCCUGUGGGUAAUCAGAUUUUGGGGACUCGUGACUUACCUCCUCUCAGUGAGGUUUUCAGUCGUUUCCGUCAGUCAUUAUCUAUUUCUACACCGACUCCUGACCAUUUUGCUUUAACUUCCGCUGUUUCUAAUAGCUCUGAGUUCUCAGUCAGCCGUGGUCAUGCUCGCGGCAGUGAUUCUAGGUUUAGAGGUCGUGGCCGCGAUUUUGGAAUACAUGGCCAUGGUUCUGUUGGCCGUACAGAUACUGUUAUCGGUGGUCGAGGUGAUGGUACAUUUAGUCGAGGUGGCCGCACGACGGGGGGAGGCCGUGGUGCUCGGUUGUGUACUUACUGUGGGGGGACCAAUCAUUGGGUGGACACAUGUUAUGAGUUGUAUGGUUUUCCUCAAGCUCAUCAGGCCACUGUCUCUGAGGAUACUGGACAGUUUGCUCAAUCUUCUGCCGAUAGUUUGGUUAUUUCAGCUGAUGAGUACCAGCGCUUAUUGUCAUUUCAGAAUACGACAGGAUCUUUCGCUGCUAUGCUUGCUCAGAUCGGUCCAUCUAUUGCUUGUGUUGCCUCCUCUUCUUCCUCUCCUUGGGUUAUUGACUCGGGAGCUACGGAUCAUAUGACUGGAUCUCACGACGGGGAGGAAGAUUGGUGGGGGCAUUGAGCGAGGUGGCCUCUAUUACUUGACAGUGUCUCAACCUGUUGCCCUUCAGACAUCAGAGUCUCCAUAUCAACAGCACUGUAGUCUUGGUCAUCCCUCUCUUCAGAGUUUGCAGCGACUUGUGCCCUCGUGUCGUUCCAUUAAUAAGUUGGUUUGUGAAGUCUGUGAGUUUAGUAAACACCGUCGAGUCAGUUUUUAUCCUAGGGUUGAGUGUCGUGCGUUGCAUCCUUUUCAAUU